AUGGCUCAUAUUUUGAUAAAAGAUCUCACCAUGCAGGCCUUUGUUGGUAUUCGCGAAGAGGAAUUUCGCAAUCCUCAAACUGUUGUAUUAUCCCUAAAAAUAUUUACAGAUAUUAAUUUAGCACGGCAAAAGGAUGAUAUUCACUAUACUCUGAACUAUGUCAAGGUGAUUGAGGAAAUUAGAUUAAUAGUUAAAAGACAACACCAUAAAUUAUUGGAAUAUCUUGGGGGUGAUAUUAUCUCUCAUCUCUUUGCUUCGUUUGAUGCAAUCCAACAUAUUGAGCUAAAAGUAAUAAAACCGAAGGUUGUUCCCGAUACAAAAGAAGUCGGUGUUUUAAUCAGUCAAGAUCGAAGCUCAUAUGAAGCGCAGUGA